AUGGCCAAACCCACAGUGCAUCUACUCGACUACGUGGCGGGGAACAUCCGAUCACUGGUCAACGCCAUUGAGAAGUGUGGCUACGAGGUCGAAUGGGUCAAACGCCCUGAGGAUGUAAAGAGUGCCGAUAAAAUCAUCCUCCCCGGCGUCGGCCACUUUGGCCACUGCCUGUCUAGUCUCGCGUCAGCGGGCUAUCUGCCAGCCAUCCACGCGCAUAUCCAAGCGGGCAAACCGUUCUUCGGGAUUUGCGUUGGACUGCAAGCGCUGUUUUCAGGCAGUGAGGAGGCGCCCAAUGUGCCCGGUCUGGGUCUCAUCCCGGAGACGCUGAAGAAGUUCACGCCGAAGAACCUGGGUGGGUCGAGGAAAUCGGUCCCGUGUAUCGGGUGGAAUGACGCUUCUACGUCCCAUCACCACACCAACUCUACUUCUAAUUCGAACUCGCCAACUCGGAGUUUCUACGGCUUGAGCCCCAAGAGUAAAUACUACUACGUCCAUUCUUACUUUGCACCAUACCUACCAAAUGUACUGGAAGAAGCUGGCUGGACGGUCGCGACAGCGAUGUAUGGGGAUGAGAGCUAUGUCGGAGCGAUCGGCCGGGGCAAUGUGUUCGCUACGCAGUUCCACCCCGAGAAGUCAGGAGCAGCGGGACUGAGGGUUAUCAAGGCUUUUCUCGACGGCUGCGAGUGGUCUGAUGCACCCACACCCCUGACCACAACGCAGCCCAUGUCAGCCAAAUACGCGACAACGAAUAACCUGACGCACCGGAUCAUCGCGUGCCUCGACGUGCGCACCAACGACUCAGGCGAUCUCGUCGUGACCAAAGGCGACCAGUACGACGUGCGCGAGAAAACAGACAGCAAAGGGGUGCGCAACCUGGGCAAGCCCGUCGACAUGGCGCGGAAGUACUACGAGCAGGGGGCGGACGAAGUCACGUUCCUGAACAUCACGUCGUUCCGCGACUGCCCGGUGGCCGAUCUCCCGAUGCUCGAGAUCCUACGGCGGACCAGCGAGACGGUGUUCGUGCCCCUCACCAUCGGGGGCGGGAUUCGCGACACGGUCGACCCCGGCACAGGCAAGGAAGUCAGCGCCCUGGACGUUGCGAAGCUGUACUUCGCGUCUGGCGCCGACAAGGUCAGCAUCGGCAGUGACGCCGUCACGGCUGCCGAGGAGUACUGGGCGGCUGGGGGCAAGCUGUGCGGCAGGACGGGCAUCGAGACCAUCAGCGCCGCGUACGGGCGCCAGGCCGUCGUGGUCAGCGUCGACCCGAAACGCAUCUUCGUCAAGUCCCCCAGCGACACGACCCACACGACGGUGAAAACCUCUCUGCCCAACGCCGAUGGGAAUGAAUACGUGUGGUACGCGUGCACGGUGCGCGGGGGCCGCGAGACGCGCGACCUGGACGUUGUACAGCUCGUCACCGCGUGCGAGGCCAUGGGCGCGGGCGAAAUUCUGUUGAAUGCGAUCGAUCGCGACGGGCAGAAUAGCGGGUAUGACCUCGAGUUGAUCCGAAUGGUCAAGCAGGCGGUGGAAAUCCCCGUCAUUGCGAGCUCGGGGGCCGGAAGGCCAGUGCAUUUCGAGGAGGUGUUCAAUGCGACAGGCGUGGAUGCGGCGCUGGGCGCUGGGAUGUUCCAUCGUGGAGAAUACACAGUCACACAGGUCAAGGAGUAUCUUGGCGGGGCUGGAAUGCUGGUUCGUCCUUAUGAGGAGUUCUGA